ACAUGAAAAUACAAGCAAUAAUUGCGUUUGUGUUGUGCAACAUUUUGAUGUAUGUUACUGCAGUCAAUGGACAAUUAUUGAAUGAGUAUCAAAACAAAACUGUUAGGUCUGGAGAUGCAAAUGAUACUGCUAUAAAUGCUACAUAUAGCCCUGGAGAUGGUAAUAUUGAUGUUGACAAUUCAGAUGACUUGAGUGAUGUGAUGAAUUCUACUAUUUUACCUAUUUUUGAGACAACUAACCCUCCAGGUGCUUGUGAUCUUCCACAUAUUGACCUAGAUUCAAUCACGUACAAUUGCCAUGAUGUACGUCCUUGGAAAUAUAGCUGUAAUAACCGAUGUGGCUCAGUAUUAGAACCAGUCCAAGGUGCCUACUGUUCAUGCGACUCAGGAUGUUUGCCACACAAGGACUGCUGUAGAGACUUUGAGCUCCAAUGUCCCAUUGAAUAUAACAUCUCUCACAGCCUUCUCAACAAUUUAAUCACAGAACCUUAUAUGGAAUGUGAAUCAUUCAAUGGGAAACAAUACAAAAUGGUUGUACAAUGCUUGAAUGGAACAAGAUGUGUGGAUCUUGACAGAAAUUGGUUGGAUGCAAUACCUGUAAUAGAUAAAGCAACAUCGGUAACCUACUUGAAUACAAACUGUGCUGCCUGUAACAAUAUAGAACUUGUCUCGCCAUGGCCUAGCAAUAUAACAUGUAUAGAAGAACCAAUUUUGUCAACCUUAACAUCUGUAGAAGCACUUCAAACUGCUGUGGAAGAUCAACUAUGCUUUAUACAUGUAAAGGAUAUUGGACAUAUCUGUACAUAUUCCAUUUCCUCUUGUCCUUUAAAUUGCAAGAACAAGGAUCUGGUGGAAAGGUGUCAUAAUAGCUCUAUACAACUUGUUGAGAGUUCUAGUACCAUGUUUAUGUUGAGAACCUACCAAAAUGAAUACUGUCUAAGAUGUAACGUGCCAGGCCCAGGUUUAAAAUGUAGUGCUUGCAGCGCAUGUAGCAAUACAGAAAGUGAAACAUACUUUCCACCAUUCUCAUUUUCUCUUUUGAUGGAUAUUAAUCCCAAAAAAGGAUUGAAAAUUGGUUUCAAUGUGAAUGGUGUCAACCAGGAAUUUGAAUGUGAUGCGACCAGUAACUGUUCAAGUGCUUGUAAAGAAGGAUAUGAUUAUAACAAUGGUACAUGUGUCCAUGUGUUCACUCCCUAUACAAUCAUUGUGAACAUAACAUUCAAAAUUGUUGAAUCAUCUCAACAUGCUUUUGAACUUACAGGUAUGAUGGAGGACGACUUUAUAAAAAGGAUAGAUACAUUUGCAGCAUCUGAUAUAAGUUAUACCAUGGUAUAUGAUAACAAUAUCCUUAAUGGUACUACAUCCAUCACAUUUAAAGAUAACAUUCUAGCAGGAGAUAAUAUAACUGGAAUUGAAUAUCAUAAUAUGAUAUUUCAAAAGUUAAAGAGUGAAUAUGACAAACAUAUGGAAAACAUUGAUUUAGAGUUUGUUAAGGAUAUUGACUUCACAAGCGUUUGUGUAGAAGGAAUGGAUGCUUUAACAUGUUGGGACUGGAAAAAUGCAACAAAGUUUUUUGAGAGAAAUUCUUUGGUAGAAGCACACACAUUAUCUAUGCCCUCUGAGAACAUAAUGGGAAUUGUCACCAUUGUGUGUUUGAGCAUUUCAGUGAUUUGUAUGAUCAUUCGUUUAGUUCUCCAAAUCUUUGUUCCAGUGUUUCACACAUUUCCUGGGAAGCUUCAGUUCUUGAUGGUGUUGGCUUUGUGGUUUGCUAGUAUGUUCAAGCUACUGGGACCUUUAGCCUUUAGGCUACCAGACCUCUGUACAGCUAUGGGGGUUCUCACUCACUAUUUCUACCUUGUCACUUUCACAUGGAUGUCCAUUAUAGCUUUAGACAUGUAUCUCAUAUUUAGGGCACGAUUAAGUGUGGCCUCUAGAGGGUUAAAAAGAUUGGUGGUCUAUUCCACAGUAGCAUUCUUACUCCCAGGGUUAAUUGUUGCAACAGCUGGAAUAUUAGAUGGGGUAGUUCAGGGGUCAAAUCUAAGACCCGACUAUGGUGUACCAGUAUGUAUGAUAACAAAUAGGUAUUCUCUACUCCUGUUCUUUGCUGGUCCAUUAGCAGUAAUGAUCAUAUUUAAUAUUGUUAUGUUCUCGUUAACUGUACACAAUUUAAGAAAAUCCUGGAGAGAUGCAAAAAGUGUUAAAACCAAGAGGAAUGAAAACCAUUUUGAUGUGUACAUCAAGCUGUUCUUAUUGAUGGGUUUCACUUGGGUGUUUGGUUUUAUCGCUCCUUUUGCAGAACAAGAUGGAUUAUGGUAUAUCUUCAUCAUUCUUAAUGCAUCACAAGGAGUGUUUAUCUUUGUAGCCUCAGUGUGUUCUAGGAGAGUUUUGAGAUCACUUAGGUGUAUGAAAUCUACAAGCAAAGGUUCCUCAUAUAUGACCAAGUCAAGCUCUGUUAGAAAUAGUGAGUCAGUUAUCAGCAAUGGCACACAGAAUUUAUCUUGAGAAGUUAUUUUUAUUUAAUCACCCACUCAGUUCAAUUUUAGUGACCCUUUGAAUGGCUACAUUGGGACACUGUUGGCUAAUUCAGAUAUUAUAUUCACAUAUGAUAUACAUAAAAUGGCAUAUGGACUAGCAGUAGUCUUUUAAAUAUAUAGUAUCUUUCUAUAUUGUAUAUUACAUUUACAUGGUGUGUCCUCACAUACUUUGGUCAAUGUUUAGGAGCAGGUCGCUUUUACAUUCAAGAAUUCAAGAUUUUCAAAUUGAAAAACUAUCAUUCCCAGUGUAGGACAUUAAUGCCUUUUGGCAGUAACUUAGAAUUUGAUCAUAAGGCGUCUGAUUGAAUUUGUGCAGAAGCAUUAUUGAAAUUGUCAAUGCAUGUGCUGGU